UAAUCCAAUUAUAAGCUCCCUCCCCAUUAAACAAGGGUAGAUAAAUUUUUCUACCAGUACGUACAAGUAAUCUCACAUGUUCCUCAGUACGACGAUGAUUAUUGACAUUAGAGUAUACUGAAUUACCUCUGGAAGUCGCAGGGCUGUUCGAAGUUUGUCUAUGAUGACGUUGGCGAGAUCGCGACCUCCUACUCGCGCGGAAUUCCUUGCUCAUCGCAUCCAUUCUUACAUUCAUGUUAUCCAUCAUCGUUCUCAUGUGUAACAGUGUUUCCUCAGUCGCUAUCCAGCUACGUUCCAUCUCUUCCCUUAGAUUUUCCAUUUUGCCUCUCGUUCGCACCAUUCACAAUUCCGAUCGAGAGAAAAAAAAUUCUGGUGAUGUUUCAACCAAUUUCCGAUUCACCAGAACUGUUGCUCUGAUACCGAUGAUAGAACACUGGUAUUUGAUUCACAGAACAAUACCGUAUCCAAUAGCAAAAGUAGAUGACAGAUAGAAAACAGUUUAUUGAAAAGAGAAUGUCGUAAAAGGUGUACAGGGGGUGGGACAGUUCGAGAUGCCCAAUCUCCAAGCUACCAGCCAAUAACAAAAUAACGGUCCUAUAUCGAUACAUUUCAUCUUUCAGGUCCCGAAUUGAUAAUUCGUCUAUCUUUCGGGUCCUGAAUUGAUAAAAUUCCAAUGUUUUAUUAUGGGAGAGCGUGUCUGCGGAAGAGGUUAAAAGGGCAGCUUUAGCAUGCACCCCGACAAAGCACCAGGACCGGACGGUUUGAAUCCGGGAUUUUUUCAAUAUUUUUGGGAUGUGGUGGGGCCGGCGGUAGUAGAGUUUUGCAUUCACGCUUUUAACACAGGUCAGUUGCCGGAGGGGUGUAAUGAUACUACCAUAGUUCUAAUUCCGAAGAAGGAAAAGCCUCAAUCUAUUGGGGAUUGGAGACCGAUAGCCCUAUGUAAUGUUGCUUAAAAGAUUUUUGCUAAGCUGUUGGCUAAUCGUAUGAAGAAACUACUUGACUCAAUUAUUGCAGAAGCUCAAAGUGCUUUCAUCCCAGGUAGAUCGAUUGUGGAUAAUAUUAUUAUUGCUUUUGAGGUCCAACAUUUUCUAAAGAGGAAAACUCAAGGCAAAGAAGGGUAUGUGGCUCUGAAACUUGAUAUGAGCAAGGCUUAUGAUAGAGUAGAAUGGAGGUUUUUGGAGGUUAUUAUGCAAAGGUUGGAUUUUCAUAGCAGAUGGAUUAAUCUAAUUCUGCAAUGUGUGGCAACGGCCCGUUAUAAUGUUCAAGUUAAUAAUGAGGUUGUAGGUCCUAUCAUACCUACUCGAGGAAUAUCAGACAGGGAGACCCACUCUUGCCAUAUUUGUUCAUUCUAAUUGCGGAGGGAUUGAGUGCCCUCAUUCGUCAGGGUGAAGCAGAUAGGCAUUUGCAUGGGAUUCAGAUAGCUAAGAGUGCGCCGGCUUUAACCCAUCUUUUAUUUGGAGAUGAUAGUUUUAUGUUUUUCAGGGCAAAAGAAGUGGAGUGUAUUUUCAUAAAGGAGAUGUUAGAUACAUAUUCUAGAGGCUCCGGACAGCUGGUAAAUUAUGAUAAGUCGAGUGUCAAAUUCAGUGCUAAUGUAGCGUAGGAUGACAAAGAUUAUCUGUGCAAUCUUCUUGGAGUCAAAGAGGAUAGAGGCAGAGGCAAAUAUCUGGGCUUACCAUGACUGGUGGGGCGAAACAAGAAGGGAAUCUUUGGCGUAAUCAAGGAGAAAGUUAUUCAAAGAAUCCAAAGCUGGAACAGUCGGUUCUUAUCUAAAGCGGGGAGGGAGAUAUUGUUGAAAACAGUACUGCAAGCAAUGCCUCAAUAUGCUAUGAAUGUGUUUCUUAUACCGGCUGAAUUAUGUGAGGAGAUAGAGCGGGUUAUGAACGCGUUUUAGUGGCGGGGACAUGCGUUCAAAGGAAAAGGCAUAAGGUGGCGUAACUGGGCUGAUUUAUGUAUGCCGAAGAGCUCAGGAGGGAUGGGUUUUCGGAAGCUUAAGGAUUUUAAUAUUGCUAUGUUGGGUAAACAGGUUUGGAGGCUCCUUAAACAACCGGGAACACUUGUAAGCAGGGUUCUGAAGGCUCGGUAUUACCCAAAGGGAGGAGUGCUUGAGGCGGGGCUGGGAAGUAAUCCUUCCCUGAUUUGGAGGAGUAUAGUCGCGGCAAUCCCUGCAGUUCGGGAGGGAGUUCUAUACCGGGUGGGGGAUGGUUCCUCUAUUCGUGUGUGGAAAGAUAAGUGGAUUUCCAAGGCAAUGGGGGGGAGACCAGCCAGGGAGAUCGUUAGCGAUUUAGAGGAUAUCACCGUUAAUUCUCUAAUGAUGAUGGAUGGCAGCAGCUGGGACUGGGAUAUUUUGCGGGAUUUGCUAAAUGUUGAGGAUCGAGAAGCUCUCUACUAUCCCGUUAAAAGGUUUCCGAGGAAUGGAUGAAUUGAUAUGGGCCGAUGAUAAGAAAGGAAGAUACUCGGUUCGGAGUUGCUAUAAAAUAUUAUCAAAAAGAACCUUGAACACUCGAGCUUGGACGCGUGUGUGGAAGCUGGAAGUGCCACCCAAAAUGAAGGCCUUUUUUUGGCAAGUCUGCACGCACUGCUUACCAUCCAAGGAGAAACUUUUGCAGCGGCGUGUUCCGGUUUGGCCAAUAUGUAGUACCUGCGGCGUGGAAAGAGAAGAUACUUUGCAUGUUCUGCGCGAUUGCCCCUUAGCGAAAGAAGUUUGGCGUAGUCAAAGAAAUAUUUUUGUUUAAGUGGGGGCUCCAACUUUUGCGGAAUGGGCUGAUGCUAUUAGUAGCAGUUGUUCCAGUUCGGAUUUCAGUCAUUUUGUGGCAUUAUGUUGGAGCCUAUGGAAGGCUAGGAACGAUAAGGUUUGGAGGAAUAGCUUAUCCACCUAGAGGGGAGUUGUGGCUUGUGCCGAAACCAUGCUCUCAGGAUGGCGGGAGGCCCGUUCUCAACUUCAGGCGAGGACAACAGAAGUUGCUGCAGACAGGUGGGAAGCGCCGAGGGAGGGAGUCAUUAAAAUAAAUGUAGAUGCUGCAGUGCAAGUGAAUGAUAUGGGGAGUGGCGGGGGCUUGGGAUGGUUGCUAGGGACUAUGAGGGUUGGUUUAUUGCUGGCAGGAGAAUUAAAGAACAGGGAAGAUAUGCAGUGAGUGUAACAGAAGCGCUUGCGGUUCGUGAAGCUAUGUUAUGGGCAGCGCAAAGCGGAUGACGACAACUUAUUGUGGAAUCAGAUGCUCUUUCGGUUGUCAACGGGAUCAAAUACUCUGGUGGUAUCUCUUAUGAGGACAGCCUUUACAUAGAUAUUAGAGAUAUAAUGGCAGGUUUUGCUAAUAUAGAUGUUCAUUUUGUGAAGCGAUCAGCGAAUAGGGUUGCCCAUGCUUUGGCUAGGCAAGCUAUUUCAGAGUCUGAUCGUACAUGGGUGGGAGUUCCACCUGAUAAUAUUAUUCUGUUGUUGGAAAACGAUUUACAUUAAUAUAGUUAUCUUUUCUCAAAAAAAAAUUGUACUUCAUAUUUCAAAUAAAUAUACUUUAACUUUUUUAUAUCUAGCAAUUCUUGAAUUAAUUUGUAAACAACAUAAAAAAAACUCGGACACGUCCCGAC